GUAUAAAACUCUACAUGACAGUCAUCAUUAUUAAAGCUAUAAAGUCUUUAAAUCUGCAUAAACAGGACAUCGUUGAGUCCUGAAUGAUCACGGUGAUGAAAUUGAUGUUAACUCAAUGUAUUGAACUGUUGAACAGAUCGUGCGUUUUUUUAUUUGUUUUAGCAUUACAUAGUGGUGUUUUCAUUUUUUUAUUUAUUUUUUGUGAAGACAGCAGGAUACUUAUGUCCUGACAAACUAUCAUUCCGGAACAAUGACCUGAGUUCUUCUGUAAAUCAGAAAUGUUCAGUGUGGAAUUGAAAAAUCAUAGCAGAAAAACAUCAUCAUUCAGCUCUCCAGAUGGCCAUUUCCUCUCUGAUUCUCACCCGAGCACCAGGCGUACUGCACGGUUCGAGAUCAUGCUGUUGUUUAUCUUUGUGACGGGUUUGCUCUCAGAGACUCUGUGCUCUUCAACUUUCGAAGCAGAACCUGGAGAUAGUGUCACGGUUUGGUGCCACCAUGAGCUGGAUCAUGCAGGAUACAUCUUCUGGUUCUACCAGAACCUCACUGCUUCUUCAUUAAGCGCCACUUCGGCACCACGUCUCAUCGGGUGCAAACAUUUUAAGACCUCGGGACCACCAAACAACUGUUACUUCAUUACUGAAAAUGAGCGCUUAAAGAUUUCUGUUGAUGGCAAGAACACGUCUCUGACCAUCGCUGCAGUGAACGAGUCUGAUACCGGACUGUAUUACUGCAGCUACAUGCAACUGAACCACAUUUCCUUCGGCCAUUCGAGUUACCUGAGGGUGAAAGAGGGAAAUGAAACGCUUCACAACGUCUCAGGAGACCAAGCGCAAGCUGUAGACAUUUUACCUUCUGCUGCCCGAGAUUCAGUUUCUUCUGCUGUGUUCUUCAUACUGAACGUGGUGUUCGGUGCAGUGGUUGUGAUUCUUCUCAUUGUCCUGAUCAUCAUCGCAGUGAAGCAUAAAAACACAGUUGAUAAUGCUGACACAGAUCAGGACCAUGACUCUGUGAAUUACGGACCUGUAAAGCAGCUCUCUAGAAAAACCAAGGGACGUGGACAAAUUAAGGAUCUUCAAUAUGUUUAUACGCAUGUUGUAUAUCAGAAAUUAGCUUAGCAAUGUGGUGGUAGCAUCUGCGGCUCAUAUGUCUGUCAGACUCACAUAAACUCCUUUUCUGAUACUGUAUCUGGCACCAGUACGAAGCUGUUGAUGUCCAAAAGCUACUGACGUGCAAAUUUUAUAUAAUAACAUGCUUGUGUAAAUCUAGAAUUUUUCUCGGUUGUGAUUAGUAGUAGGGGGCUUCACUGUGAUGCAAAAAUAGCGCAAGUCCCGCCCUCCCGCAGAUUAUUAAUUGUUACAAUUUAGGCUAAUAAAAAAAAAUCAUAAAAACCCGAAGGUGUUUGUCAUGUGUGGUGCUUUAAUUAAAAAUAUUUUUCAAUUUUUUAUUUUAUGUUCGAGAUUAAACAUGCAUUGCAUUGAAACUUUUAAACUCGUCUCUUUUAUGUUUAUUUAUUUAUAUCUCGAAGAAAAAUGGUCAUACACACAAAUAUAUGGAUAUGUGUGUGUCUCUAAAUAUCCUUUAUAUCCUACUGUUUCUCAUUGCAGGUGAUGAGGUUAUUAUAUCCAAUUUUACAAUAAUUGUACAAUAAUUCUGCUGAAAAAAAGGAAAAUAAAAGCUAAAACUGAUAUA